GGCGCGCAGGCUCACAACACACAACACACACAUAUUACAUAUUGUCGUACACUUCGAUCGUGUGUCGCGCCGCUGCGCACUAACACCACAACCGUGUUGAGUAGCUCCCGUCGGUUUCCUUCCUGUGCUCCCCUUUCCCUUCCUUUUACGCACGAUAUAUUACAAGGCAACAGCGAUCUAUGCGCAGGCACACUGCCCAUAUACACACACAUACACCAAGGUAUUGCGUUACGUUUUGAAAGCCAUUCACAUUCCCUAUUCAGGAAUGGCGCGCCAUCAAUAGUUCAGCAGUUAUCGUUUUUCCCUCCGCCGCUGCCGCACGAUCUUUAUUUGACGGAAAAAUCUUUUGCAGCCGCGAAAUGUGGACGUAUGCGAGCAACAGAAUAUAAUUUUGCCGGUGUACAAUUAAUUGCGAAAAUGCAACGUUGUUACACAUCGGCAUAUUCUUAUCCGAAAUCUUUAGCUACAUUAAUGCUGCGUUGAAUGGAUCACAAAAUAUACUAUUUAUAAUGCGGCAACUUUCUGCGUUGGUGCGGCUUAUCUGACCUUAUGAAUCUGGCGCAAAAAAAUGCAGCCAGGAAAAAUAACCAAUCUGCCGCUAAUAUUGAUUGAUUUACUGUUAUUCUGAUCGCGCCAACGAUAUCCAAUGUGGACCAUUACAACUUUAUUAUAAGGAUCGUUUUUGUUGGUUGUGCAGAAAACCUUUGCAAAAGAGUUAAGGAUGUCGCUGAAUGGUAGGGAAAACAAUGAGGAAGACAGCGACAUGGAUUAUCAUCCAGCUUAUGGCACUGCGGACGACAGAGCCGUCGCUAAUCAGGCCCAGCCGCGUCCGAGUACAUCUGCACCCGACAGGUCAACUUCGUCUGCAUCCACCAAUAACCAUCCUGUUCCUGAUCAGCCCACCACAUCGCGCAUAAUCAUACCGGAUAAUGCUGCCGCGAUUGACAACAAUGAGGAGCAGAUUAAUGAGCGGAUGUCAAUUAAGGAGCCACUGCCUUAUUAUGAUUACAUUCCAGCGGAACCAUUACCGUUUCCGGGAUUUAUACCCGUUUCCUUCCUCUGUCUACGGCAAACUUCCAAGCUGCGGACAAUCUGUCUACAGAUGAUGCUAUCGAGUUGGUUUGAAAGGGUCAGCAUGGCCGUGAUUCUUCUUAAUUGCGUCACACUAGCAUUAUAUCAACCCUGUGAUGGAAUCUGUGAUACACCUGGUUGCCACAUUCUAGCAAUAGCAGACCAUUUAAUUUUUGCCUUUUUCGCCCUGGAAAUGGUAAUAAAAAUGAUAGCUAUGGGAGUAUUUGGAAAAAAGACAUACCUGGCGGAUUCCUGGAAUCGACUGGAUUUUUUUAUUGUGAUUGCCGGUCUGGUGGAAUAUCUUCUCAACAUGGAGAAUAUGAACCUGUCCGCUAUCAGGACUAUUCGGGUUCUGCGGCCUUUGAGAGCAAUCAACAGAGUGCCCAGCAUGAGGAUACUGGUGAUGCUGCUGCUGGACACGCUUCCGAUGCUCGGAAGCACCUUUCUCCUUGCCUUUUUUGUAUUUUUUUCCUUCGGAAUAGUUGGUGUACAACUGUGGGCUGGCUUACUACGAAAUCGAUGCACUCUAAGCGGAAGCGGCAACAUUACCUUUCCAAGAGGCAUCCCGAAGUAUUACGAACCCCAACAUACUUAUCUGGAGUAUGUGUGCAGUCUACCAAAAGACGAUGGCAUGCACACAUGUGACAAUUUACCGCCAUAUAUCGAGAAUAAUAGGCCAUGCAAUGGUUCAUUAAACGAUCUCAUAUGGGGACCCAACAAUUCCGUUUCCGUACCAGCAAACACCUGCAUAAACUGGCAUCAGUAUUACACAAUUUGUCGUGCCUCAGAAAAAAAUCCUUUCCUUGGAGCGAUAUCGUUCGAUAACAUUGGCACCGCGUGGGUAGCCAUAUUUCUGGUGAUCAGUCUUGAAGGAUGGUCGGAAAUUAUGUAUCUUGUGCAGGAUGCACACAGUUUUUGGGUGUUCAUCUAUUUUGUGAUAUUGAUUGUUAUUGGCUCAUUUUUUAUGAUAAACCUAUGCCUUGUUGUUAUUGCUACCCAGUUUUCGGAGACGAAGAAACGCGAGACAGAGCGAAUGAUUGCCGAAAGGGCACGCUACCAUUCCACCAGUUCUUUGGGGAGCGGCGCUGAGCCGGGCGGGUGCUACAGGGAACUAGUGCGCUACUGUGGUCAUUUAUGGCGCCGGGCCAAGCGCAAGGCCAAAGCCUACUACACCGAAGCUCAAGAGAAGAAAAUCAAAAAACAACUCCUGAAGCGCACUGCCCAAGGCUAUUACGGCAAGGAGGGCUUUAGUCGACCGACACCCACCGCCCAGUUGUCCAGCGCUGAGAUGUCCUGUGAACGGCAUCCCGAUCUGUCAUUGGAAGGCAGUCUGGCAUUAGUGCCUUUUGAUUAUACUCGCCGCACACUGGAUGUGCAGCAGUCGAGCGGUACAGGAGCCGAUAAGUCAUCGGAGAGAUCGUCCACUGUGUCGUUUAUGGAUGGUGGUAAUAAUCCGCCAGACAGAAGGAAAUCGGAGGAAUAUUCCCGGGAUUCCAUCACGAGCAGUGCAGCGAUGCCAGCCGGCGCGUCAACGGUAGCGACGAUCACCGUGCAGCCGGAAGAGCCGACCACGCUCUUCCAGCCAGCUGCAGAUCGAAUGGUCAACGUCGAAACGCACAAUAUGCCGGGUCUUCAGUCCGAGACUUCUUCGAAAGACCCAGCCGCAACAACACAGCGCGCAUUUUUUAACCGCAACUGCGAGAUCGAUGAAACCAGUUACUUUUGGAUUCGAGAUGCAGAACCCGAGAAGCCUCAAAAUCGCUUGAUUGAGUUCCUUACUGCAUUCCGGGCUAAAGUCCAACAGUUCGUCGGUAGUAAAUUUUUUGAGCGCGGAAUACUCGUGGCCAUUCUCAUCAACACGCUUAGCAUGGGAAUCGAGCAUCAUUUACAACCGGAUGAGCUAACCAUAAUUCUGGAAUACUGUAAUUUUUUCUUCACGGCAUUGUUUUGCAUCGAAAUGCUUUUGAAAAUGAUGGCGGAUGGAGUUUUUGGAUAUCUCAGCAACGGAUACAAUCUCUUCGACUGUGUUAUUGUUGUUUUGAGCUUAAUAGAAAUUGUUCAGGCCGGCGGAAGUGGAUUGUCUGUGCUGCGCACAUUUCGAUUGCUACGGAUUCUCAAACUCGUCCGUUUUAUGCCGGCGCUCAAGCGACAGCUUGUCGUUAUGAUUCGGACCAUGGAUAAUGUUGCUACAUUUUUUGCGUUGUUAUUGUUAUUUAUAUUCGUCUUCAGCGUUUUGGGACGCCAUUUGUUUGCCAAUAAGUUUUGCUCGCUUCCUACUGGCGAAGAUUGCGAAUGCAAAGAUUUUCGCAAUCCUAAUAUGACCCUCAUUCGAGAUCGCCGGAAUUUCGAUACGCUCUUAACUAGUACACUAACCGUAUUCCAGAUAUUAACCCAAGAAGACUGGAAUUACGUGCUGUACCUGGCUAUGCGAUAUACGAGUCAUUGGGCCGCCAUCUACUUCAUUGCGCUGAUGACCUUUGGAAAUUACGUCCUCUUUAAUUUAUUGGUGGCGAUUCUGGUUGAAGGAUUUGCUGAUGACGAUAUCGACUCCAGUAAAACCAGUGAAUCGCCAAAAAACAUUAGGGACGCUCCAUCCAGUACAUUUUUGGAGUCAGAGGACGGAGAUGGCGAACCAGCAAUGGCAAUGACCACGAUGGCACUAUCUGGCGCUGGCAACAGCGACAAAAUACUUCCGCGACUUAAUGGUCCUUCCCUGGCGCUUCCGGUCAUUACGCGCACCGCGGCCACGCCCAUUGACGGGUUAAAUGUCAAUGAAAAUCUGGGACUACACAAUCGACUGCUCUAUGUGCCUAAUCGCUCCAACAGCAGUCAAUCGACCGCUUCCGAUGUGAUAUCUAGUGUGGAAAGUGAACGGGCCGCUAGUGUCGAUCAGCGGCCGGAAGAUGCUGAACGCCGGAUGAGCAAAUCCGAGAGCGAACGAAUGGAACGAGAAUUCGAAUUGGAGGAGUUCAGAGCACAUCCGUUUCGCUUUAGCACGCGACGAUGGAAGCGAAAAUCGAAAGAUCCAUCUGGCUUUGACCCGAACCGGCGAAGUCGCUCUUUGGCGAAUCCCUUCGAAAUAUACCAUCCACAUAAAGACAAACGAAAAUCUUCAUACGACAGUACCAUGGCUCAAAUCCAGCCGUUAGCAUCUUCGCCCACAUCUAAAUCCAAUGGCAACAGUGGUCCACUGCGCAAUGGAAGCCCGGGUAGCGGCGUACUGAGAAAAUCGUGCUUGAAGCAAGGCGUUCCCAUGCGUUCGCUGUCGGUGGGAAGGUCACCACGCACUCGCCCCAUCGUGCGCCGCGUCCCAUAUAACCCCGAAAUUAUCGAAAGCCCCCAUGGAGACAUUGUGCUGCCCCCGAGUCUGCGCUUUGAUUCCAUGUGCAGUGUGUAUCCGCUCAGUCGGCGGGAUUCACCGGCACACCCCGGUUUGACGGUGGACGCCCAUACAGACAACCCGGUGGCCGAUACGGACCGCGAAGGACCAUUGUCACCACUGCAGGCCAGACGAACACAGCGGCUGGAUAGUAAUUCACCGAAUAAUUCCGAAAAGAAGAUCUGGUGGAUUCCGGAGCGAUGUACUAAUCUGCGAAAAAGAUACUAUUAUUCCUAUUUCGUUUUUCCACCGCACAACCAGUUUCGGCUUUUUUGCGCCAAUUUCAGCGAUCAUAAGUAUUUUGAUUAUGUCAUACUACUGUGCAUUGGACUCAACUGCAUUACACUGGCCAUGGAGCGGCCAAGUAUUCCGCCUUAUAGCACGGAAAGAGAAAUUCUGAUUGUGUCCAACUAUAUCUUUACCAUUAUAUUCACUGUGGAAAUGGCUCUAAAGACUAUUGGUCACGGGCUGUUUUUGGGAUCUCAUCCAUAUACGAGUAGCAGCUGGAAUGUCAUGGAUGGAAUACUAGUUGCGAUAUCUCUUGUGGACGUUUUCAUCGGGUUGAUCGCGCCGUCGAACAGUCCAAAGAUAUUCGGGAUUUUAAGAGUGUUUCGUCUGUUGCGGUCACUGCGGCCAUUAAGGGUUAUUAAUCGCGCUCCCGGCUUAAAACUCGUCGUGGAAACUUUGUUAACAUCCCUGCGACCAAUCGGCAACAUUGUGCUUAUAAGUGCAAUCUUUUUCAUAAUUUUCGGAAUUCUUGGCGUCCAGCUCUUUAAAGGAACAUUUUGGUACUGCCAUGGUCCGCCGGCUGCUAUCCGGAAUGUGCGCAACCGCAGUGACUGCGAUGCACUGCGCCGCGAGGGUGUUGUCGGUGUGCAGUGGAUCAAUCGGAAGUACAAUUUCGAUAAUUUGGGACAGGCUCUUAUGGCACUGUUUGUGCUAUCCAGUAAAGAUGGAUGGGUCAACAUCAUGUACAAUGGAUUAGAUGCGGUCGGCGUCGAUUUGCAGCCUUCGGAAAAUUUCAAUGAAUGGCGUCUACUGUACUUCAUCUCGUUCCUACUUUUGGUUGGCUUUUUUGUGCUCAACAUGUUUGUGGGUGUUGUUGUCGAAAAUUUCCAUCGCUGCCGCGAAGAACAAGAAGCCGAGGAACGAGCACGGAGAGCUGUAAAACGUGCCGAACGACUGGAAAGGAAACGCCAAAAAUUGCGAGCACCUCCUUAUUACGCCAAUUAUUCCAAGUUUCGCCUAUAUCAGCAUAACGUGGUGACCAGCAAAUAUUUCGAUCUAGCCAUAGCGUUGGUAAUUGGACUCAAUGUUGUGACGAUGGCGAUGGAGUACUAUUUGAUGCCGAACGAGCUGAUGUAUGCCCUAAAGAUCUUCAACUACUUUUUUACGGCUGUCUUCUUCUUCGAAGCGUUUUUUAAACUGAUGGCAUUGGGAAUUAAGCGCUACGUUUCCGACAAAUGGAACCAGCUAGAUAUUGCCAUCGUGAUCUUAUCUGUCGUGGGAAUCAUUUUGGAAGAAAUGGAGAAUGACCUUAUUCCCAUCAAUCCCACGAUCAUACGGGUGAUGAGAGUGCUGCGCAUUGCUCGAAUUCUCAAGUUACUGAAAAUGGCCCGCGGGAUUCGAGCGCUUCUUGAUACGGUUUUCCAAGCGUUGCCUCAAGUUACCAAUUUGGGGACGCUGUUUUUCCUGCUGUUUUUCAUCUUUUCUACCCUGGGAGUUGAAUUGUUUGGCCGGUUAGAAUGCGAUGACCUGCAUCCAUGCGAAGGACUAGGCGAACACGCUCAUUUCCGAAAUUUUGGAAUGGCUUUCCUGACACUUUUUCGAGUUGCAACCGGGGACAACUGGAAUGGCAUAAUGAAGGAUGCGCUGCGGGAAGACUGCCGGUCAGACGACGCCUGCAUCACAAAUUGUUGCGUUAGCCCCAUAAUUGCACCCAUUUACUUUGUGAUAUUUGUACUGCUGGCCCAAUUUACAUUAGUAAAUGUUGUGGUUGCGGUCUUAAUGCGCCAUCUGCAAGAGUCAAAUCAAAUAAUGCGCGAUGAUGCGCUGUUAGACGAAGAAAUCGAAAGGGAACUCCACACUGAAAAUCUUCGUCAACUGGAAAGACAGGAGUCGCAACAGCAAGAACGUAUUGCGCUGUUAUCGAUUAACACCGCCAACGAAAAACCAAACGAAAUUCCCACGAAGACUUCUGCUAUUGUGUCCGCGCCACCUGCUGGACGAGCGACUUCUCGCAGCAUCUCCGUGGCAGAAUCGGGCAGUUCACCGUAUAGCUUGACGUCGAGAGGCGAAGGGCCGCGAUUUAGCGUUGAUUCGCAUGGGUCGGCCGGGAGCGGAAGUGCACUAUCCCUGCCCAACCUCGCACGUCCCAGUGCAUCCAUACCAAAAUCACCGAGUGUCGGUGCUGGCGAAUACGAUACUGUGCUUUCUGUAGCGGACUAAAUGGCGUCCGAGUCGUGCGAGUCCAUUGCAAAGCGAGAUGACUAAGAUAUUUUUCUGUGUUACUAAUCACACCACUUCUCCGACCAAAUUAACUCUUUCACGCACUUACACUAUAUUAUGAUAUUUACUUUUAAUAACGCAGUUCAAACUUGUCAUGCUCACGAAGUCCUGUUGUACGGAUCUGUGCACUAAACAAACGAGUAUUACGCGCGAGUUGGCGUUUUGACUUUGAUUAAACGUUUUCGGACUGCGGAAUAAAAAAAUAAAAGUUUCAGUUUCAAAUUCACGCAGCACUUUCAAUAAGUUGUCCCGGCUAUAUGUAACCGAAA